UUCUGGAGCUCGCACCCAUUCUGCCCCCGACGGGAGCUUCUCCUUGGGCCCAGGAUUCGGUGCAGCCUCGGCGUUGACUUGAUCCACGACCCGGCGCUCAGCUCUAAGCGUCCGGACCGGCCGGGGAGGGACCUUCAGCCGCUGUGUGAGUGGGAAGGAGUUCACUGCCUUACCCCCCUGUUCACGCCCUCCUGUCUCCACAGCCAUGAAUCCACUUCAGUGCCCUGACUGCGGGAAGAACUUUAAGCGACCCAGUGACCUGCUGACCCAUCAGCGGGUCCACACCGGGGAGAGGCCGUUCACCUGCACCGAGUGUGGGAAGGGGUUUACUCGGUCAUCCAAUCUGUUGACACACCAGCGGAUUCACACUGGAGAGAGACCGUUCAUCUGCUCCGAAUGUGGGAAGGGAUUCACUCGGUCAUUUGACCUGGUGGCACAUCAACGUAUUCACACUGGAGAGAGGCCGUUCAAGUGCACGGAGUGCGGGAAGGGAUUCGCUCACUCAGUCAACCUGGUGACCCACCAGCGAGUUCACACUGGAGAGAAGCCGUUCACCUGUUCUGAGUGCGGGAAGAGAUUCACUCAGGCAUCGCACCUUGUGACACACAAGCGGAUUCACACUGGAGAGAGGCCGUUCAUUUGUUCCAAAUGUGGGAAAGGAUUUACUCUGGCAUCCCACUUGGUGAGACACCAUCAAUUUCACACCGGACAGAGACCAUUCAUUUGCUCUGAAUGUGGGAAGGGAUUCACUCUGGCAUCACACCUGGUGACACACAAGCGGAUUCACACUGGAGAGAGGCCGUUUGUGUGCCCCAAAUGUGGGAAAGGAUUCACUCAGGCAUCACACCUGGUGACACAUCAGCGAACUCACACGAGAGGCCAUUUGUCCACUAGGGGUGCAGGAAGGGAUUCGCUUGCUUAUUCUCCUUCAAUUAACCUAUUUCAGUGCUCUGACUCCGGGAAGCACUUUACUGGAUCUGGUGAUCUGAUGACACACUGGCGAGUUCACACAGGAGAGAGGCCGUUCACCUGCUGGGAGUGUGGGAAGAGCUUCACUCCGUUAUCCCACCCGGUUACACACCAGCGAGUUCAGUGUGGAAAGGAUUCAUCCAAUUAUCCCAGCUGGUGUCCGGGAACACUGUGGUCCCUCGUCCAAGGUAGACCUGGUUCCCUGCCGAGUUCCGAAAAAGAACCAGCCGAGAUUUGGUGGAAAGAAAGAAAUCCCGUGGGGGUGGCUGGGGAGGAGGACAGAAACCCUGGGGGCAGCCGAGAUGCAGACCAGAGACGCUGGAAGAGAAGCAGAUCUGAUGACCUGGCCCAUUGCUGCAGAGAUCUCAGUGAUGGGCAUAAAGUCCCGAGGCGAGACUGGGGAAGCAUCGGCAGCUUUAAUAUUUACAAGACCAGGUGGGAAGAGGCUGAUGUGGAGCAUGAUGCUGGCGGGGACCAGUGGCUCCAAUGGCCUCGCUUCCUACUGGAGGUGGACCGACUGAAUGCCUUUGCACAAAUGGAGCAGGUGAAUGGCUUCUCUCCUGUGUGGACACGCUGGUGUAUCACCAGAUUGGACGGUCGACUGAACCCCUUCCCACACUCGGAGCAGUUGGAAAGGAGUCAUUUGCCAAUCCCAGCAGAAAUAUUUUGCAUCACACUGAGGAGAGACUUUACAUGCUUUGUAUCUGGGAAUUGGUGCAUUCAUUUAUCCUUCUACUCAAAACACUAUUUCUUCAUGCCAAUGGAACCAUUUCAGUAUUCUGUUUGUGGGAAACAAUACAAGCAAUCCAGUACCCUGAUAACACAUGAGCAAAUUUACAACGGAGAGAGGUCAUUCACCUGCUCUGAGAAUGGGAAGAGAUUCACUCACUCAUCCCAGCUGAUGACACACCAUCAAGUUCACACCAGGGAGAGGCCGUUUAUCUGCUCCGAGUGCGGGAAGGGAUUCAGUCGAUCGUCCCAUCUAAUGAGACACCAGCAAGUUCACACUGGAGAGAGGCCAUUCACUUGCUCCGAGUGUGGGAAGGGAUUCACUCAGUCAUCCAACUUGGUGACACACCAGCGAAUUCACACUGGGGAAAGACCAUUCACCUGUUCCAAGUGUGGGAAGGGAUUCAGUCGAUUAUCCAGUUUGAUAACACACCAUCGGGUUCACACUGGGGAGAGGCCGUUCACCUGUUCUGUGUGUGGGAAGGGAUUCACUCAGUCUUCCAGCCUAGUGAUUCAUCAGCGAGUUCACACAGGAGAGAGGCAGUACAUCUGCUUGAAGUGUGGAAAAGGGUUCUGUCUGUCAUCACACUUGCUGAGACACCAGCGAGUUCACACGGGAGAGAGACCGUUCACUUGUUCUGAGUGUGGGAAGGGAUUCACUCAGUCAUCCAGCCUAAUGACACACCAGCGAGUUCACACUGGGGAGAGACCGUUCACCUGCACCGAUUGUGAGAAGAGAUUCAGUCGAUUGUCCAGUCUGGUGACACACCAGCGAGUUCACACUGGGGAGAGGCCGUUCACCUGCACUGAGUGUGGGAGAGGAUUCACACAGUCAUCUAGCCUAGUGACACACCAGCGAGUUCACACUGGAGAAAGGCAGUUCAUCUGCUCCAUGUGUGGGAAGGGAUUCAGCCGGUCAUCCCACCUGCUGAGACACCAGCGAAUUCACACUGGGGAGAGACCGUACACCUGCUCUGAAUGUGGGAAGGGAUUCACUCGGUCAUCUCAUCUGCAGAGGCACCAGCGGGUUCACACUGGAGAGCAGCCGUUCACCUGCUCCGAAUGUGGGAAGGGAUUCACACAGUCCUCCAACCUGAUGAUACACCAACGAGUUCACACUGGAGAGAGGCCGUUCACCUGCCCCAAGUGUGGAAAAAGAUUUCCAGAUUCUUCUUACUUGCUGAGACACCAGCGAAUUCAUACCGGAGAGAGGCCAUUUGUCUGCACUGAGUGCGGGAAGGGAUUUACUCAGUCAUCUGCCCUCGCUAGACACCAGCGUGUCCACACCGGGGAGAGACCAUUCACCUGCUCUCAGUGUGGGAAAGGGUUUGCCCUGUCUUCCCACCUGCUGAGACACCAGCGGAUUCACACUGGGGAGAAUGUUUAGGAAUACUGGAUGAGAGAUUUAAAUGUUGCACCAGUUGGAUGCUGCAAUUAUUGCUGCUGCUAAUUACAUGCAGGAAUAAACCCUAGUCAUUGGGCAGAGUUUGGGUUUAUUUCUGUUGAUGUUAAUGAGCCCUGUAACUGGGCAGUUUAACAUUAUGGACAUUGGUAAAUAAAUUUAUUCUGUUUUAAACACUCUGUACAGUAAUUCCUGGAUUUAUGAAAGGGAUGUGUUCCAGGAAAAUGUCUCUUUAGGGGUAAUUUCAUAAAUUGGAAAGGCCUGGCGAAAUUCAUUAUGGCAUUUCGUUAUGGUGUAGUCUUACACACAGAGAGAGGUGCACGAUUCAUAAUGAUGAAAAAUCGUUUUGUAAAUCAAAGACUCGUACCGAAAGAAUCAAUGGCGUUAUAGCAAAGUUCCCUAAUCAAAUGUUCAUAAGUUGAGAAAUUACUGUAUGUCAAGCCUUUCAUGUCUCUAGAAUGUACAGUACAAGCACAGGCCAUUCAGACCAGCUGGUCCUGUCAGUUUCUGUGCUCCACACCAGCCUCCCAUCUCACUCUGCUGGAACAUACUUGCAUUCCUUUCUCCUCUGUGUUCAUUCAGCUUCCCUUUAAAUGCACCCAUAUCCUUGUUGCACAACUUUCGGCCUGGAGGAUAGAUCCGUCCGGACCACCUGCCGUCGUUUCCAAGGUCUGCUUUCUGUCCCGUUUGCUGCUCACCAUAUUAGGACCCUGGCCCACAGCUGAAAGGGGAAUUGACUGUCCCGUUUGAUAUUAAUUCAGGGUGCUAAUUCUCUCCACGAAACCAAGAGGCAGUGAGGCCAUGACCUGGAAACCUGUGGACACCACCAGCUCCAUAAAAGGAAUAGCCUUUGUCUUAAGCAGGAGGAAGGACAUAGUGACCAGCAGGAAUGCAGUGGAGGCUGCAGCAGCAGUCUCUACUCUCCUGCUGUCGCCCAGUCCAGGGUCAGGACUGUGUCCUCAGGAUCCUCCAAAGCCAGGCCUAGGACCAAGGACCCAGGAAGCAUGUCAGGCCUGGUCCAAUCUUCUGGGUAUCCAGAUCCACUGCCACAUCUAGCGCUAUUCUGGUGGACAUAGAUCUGUGUCUUUAUCAAAAUGGGACAUAGCAUUGUGGGUAUACAAGUCUAUUGUUGCAUAACCUAAGAUUAUGAGGGGCAUAGAUGGUGUAGAAAGUAGAAAACAUUUCCCCAUAGCAGAGGUGUCUGAAAUUGGAGGGCAUCGGUUUGGGGAAGGGGUGAGAGGUUUAGAAGGGAUCUGUGAAAUAACUUUUUCACUUAGAGGGCGGUUGGAAUCUGGAACAUACUGCCUGAGUGGGUGGCAGAGGCAGGUAAUCUCACAACAUUUUAAAAGUAUUUAGCACUUAAGUUGCCAAGGCUACCAACCAAGUAAUAGUAAAUAGGAUUAGUAUAGAUAGGUGCUCGAUGGUCAGCCUGUUUCUAUGCUGUGUGACUCCAGGGUACUGAUGGGAAUGAGUUUGCCAUUAUAACACUGGAGUACGGUACAGAUCUGUUACUAGAUAAUACUAGGGUACUGCGCUGGUGGGCACAGGUCUGUCACCAUUUUAUACUGGGUAAAGUACUGGUGGGUGUAGGUCUUCCAAUGGUUCUGAAUACAGUUUCAGAGGGCUUUUAAAAGACAGACACAAGCACAAUGGGUUCUAAAUUUCUUUGAAUGACCACCCUUGCCAGAAUUUCCACCCCAGAUUUUAUUAUUGUUGAAGACAGACACGUGAAUGUGAACUUUAGGGAUCUAGUGAUAAAGUUGAUGAUGUGAAGGAAGUGAAUAUGGAGUGUGGACGGGAGGAAGUGUGCUAACCUCCUGACCUAGGGGAGUGACGCAGUGUUCUGUGAGGAAGGUGUGAACAACUAGGUUUAUUUUUAAGUGUAUUUUUCUGUAGAGCCUGACAUUGUUGGCUUUAGGAUUUACCUCCAAAUGUUGUAUUACCUCUGCCCCACUGGAUCCUGACUGGUCCAAUCAAAGGUCAACAUUCAAAUGAAACCCUUCUCCUCACCAAUCAGUGGGAGGCUCAGUUGCUUUAUAAAAAAGGAACAUGGGAGAAAUUAAAAAGCAAAGUACAGGAGACACUGGAAAUCUGGAAAUACUCAGCAAGUCAGGAAGUAUCUGUGGAGCGAGUAACAGAGGUUCUUUUCAGAUUGAUGACCUUGCAUCUAAACCAGGAGACGAUGAGGUUGUUGGCAAGGUGGAAAAGAACACUGGAUAUUUGGAGAGUGGACCACAUGAGGGCAGUGACUGGAUUAAGGGGGCAUCGAGAAAGCAGCAGAGUGUCAGUGAGGGUACAAUGGUGGCAAUGCAACAAUUAAAUAACUGUGCCCACAACUCAAGGGUAGAUAAGGUUUCUUUAUUAGUCACAUGUACAUCGAAACACACGGUGAAAUGCAUCUUUUGCGUAGAGUGUUCUGGGGGCAGCCCGCAAGUGUCGCCAUGCUUCCGGCGCCAACAUAGCACGCCCACAACUUCCCAACCCGUACGUCUUUGGAAUGUGGGAGGAAACCGGAGCACCCGGAGGAAGCCCACGCUGUCACGGGGAGAACGUGUCACCGUACAGACAGUGGCGGGAAUUGAACCCGGGUCGCUGGUGCUGUAAUAGCGUUACGCUAACCACUACGCUACUGUGCCUGCCCACCUACACUACGUGAACUAACAAUCCAGAGAUCCAAAUUAGAAUCCCACAAUGGCAGCUGUGGAAUCUAAGUUCCCCAUAAAACAUCUGGAUUUAAAAAAAUAUAAUCAGUAAUGAUGGCCACAAAACUACUGGAUUGUGGUAAACACCCACUUGGUUUACCAAUGUCCUUCAGGCCAAGAAAGCAGCCAUCCUUACCCAGCCUGGCCUACAUGUGACCCACUGAUGUAGUUGAAACUUAAACGUCCUCCAAGUAGUUUAGAAAACUACUUUGUCAAAGGUGCUUAGGGAUGGACAAUAAACGGUGGCUUUGCCAGCAAUCCUCAGAUCCUGAAAAAUGAGUAAGUUUCGAAAAGGGACGGUCGAGGAGGCAGUGAAGGAGCAGAAAAGAAGUACUGUGUGAAAAUGUGAGAGCUAUGGCAUUUGUUGACUAAAAAUAUCAGUAUCUGGUUCUGUAGUUAAAAUAAAGGUGCG